GAGACAGCCUGAGAAGGAGCCAGGAGAAGAAAGCUUAAGGAGAGAGAGAAGGAAGACAGACCAUUCAGUUAGUGCUGCUUCAUUUCUGAUGUCCCUUCCUUCACUAACAGCAGCAGGGGCUGUUUGUGUACUUGUCUAGAAUUGGAGCUACAAGUGGCUUCCUACUUCACAUUCCAUUGAAACAGUAGAGGAACGCAGCGUCAUGGAAGCUGAAGGCACCAAUGAGCAGGAGGAGGUCCACAACAGUGAUGGCCUAGGGCAAACAGAAGACUCAGGAGAGGUUCAGACAGAGAAGAAGGAAGACAGUGAGGCAGGGAAAGCAGAGGCUGUUGGACGUGAGGCUGAGGGAGAGGCAGGAGAAACAGAACCUGCUGAUUAUUUAGCUGAGGGAGAGGGUGAGGCUGGGGAAGCUGAGGCUGCUGGGAGUGAUGCCAAGAAUGAAAAUCAGCCAGUAGAAAAGGCUUUGGGGGAUGAGGAGGUACAGGGACCUGAAACUACAGAGAAAGUGAAGGGAGAAAGCAAAACCAGCCAAGAAGGCCAGGCAGAGAUUGAAGAUAAGGUGGCUGUGGGUGUAUCUGGAACAGAGCCCAAGGAAGAAGCUUGUAGAAACCUAGAAGAUCUGCAGGAGAAGGAAGAAAAAGCUGGCACCGUGGAAAAUAUUUCCAGCAUCCCACACAGUGAGGGCCAAACAGGUAACACUUCAGAUGAGCCUCUCUCACCAGAGCCAGGGGAUGAAGAAGAGUACUGGCCAGAAGUCUCUGCAAGCUCUCCUGAGGAAGGUCCAGAAAGCCCUACAGGACUCAAAAGCCCGGAGGAAGGAGGCACCCCUUCAGACACUACAGCUGCAGAAACUGCUACUCCGCAAAUGACCAGUACUGAAGCAGCCUCAACGGGGGAUCAAGAGAAGCACCCUGCAGCUGAGCGGGCAGCCACUGCCAAGGAGAAAAGGAAAAGGCCUGCAUUUGACCGACGGGAACUAACCAGGCAACGUAUGCCACCCAGAGCUACGUCCCGCAAAGCCAUUGUAGAGAAGUUUGGAGGGGCAACCAGUGGUCCUGCCCCCAAUAUUAGGAAGAUGGGAGGUGCAAACAGUGUGAAGAACAUGUUGUUGGAGUGGUGCAGGGCCAAGACUCGUGGAUAUGAGCACACAGAUAUCCAGAACUUUUCCUCCAGUUGGAGCAGCGGCAUGGCCUUCUGUGCCCUCAUCCACAAAUUCUUCCCGGACUCUUUUGACUAUUCUGCUCUUGACCCAUCAAAGCGCAGAGAAAACUUUGCCUUGGCCUUCUCCACUGCCGAAAGGCUUGCAGACUGUGCUCAGCUUUUGGAUGUGGAGGAUAUGGUGCGCAUGAGUGUCCCUGAUGCCAAAUGUAUCUACACCUAUAUCCAGGAGCUUUAUCGCAGCCUAGUACAGAAAGGCCUUGUGAAGACUAAGAAGCAGUGAAAAGAGAUGGCAAGAUUAUAUCUGAAGCCAAUUGGUAACUACGGGCAAUAGUCUGAAACAGGGAGAAGAUAGCAUGGGAUAUAUCCUGGCUACAGCCCUGUCUCCAUUCUGUGAUCUGCACGCUGCUUUGAAUUGACCAGUAUUGGACUGAACACAAGUAGCUGUUCUCCUCAAGUGAUGAAGUCUACAACACAGACAUUUUUAUUAGUUUGCCUUUGAGAUAUUUAGGGAAGAGAUAACUGAUAUCACCUUCAGGACAGAAGCAAUUAUCUUCAACAGUCUGACCUCCACGGAACCAAAGCUGACAGCAUCUGUUCCAAGCACACAAUUUAGAACAAGCAGAUUCUGUUCCUCAGCAGCUCAUCCUCCUCAGAGCAAUGAUGCUUCUUUUAACUGAGUACUUGUAUCUAUUAAAGCAGAAGUGUUGUGAACCAAA